AUCAGGUCCGAACAUUCUAGUAUAAGAAGAGCCUCCCCCAUGGACAUGGAGAACAUCGUCAUCACACGCACACACACACACACACACACACACACACACACACACACACACACACACACACACUCUUCACAAGUUCCCACUGUUUCCUGUCCCUCUUGAGUUGAGUCUCUCCCGGCCGGCCUUUCCCCUCCUGCCAGAUGGCCCAGAAGGUGGUGCUGAGGAUUCCCACCAUGACCGACGAGAAGACCAAGCAGAAAGCCAUGGAGGCCGUCGCCGACAUCUACGGUAUCGACUCGAUAGCCGCGGACCUCAAGGACAACAAGAUGACCGUCAUCGGCGCCAUGGACACCGUAGCCAUCGCCAAGAGGCUCAAGAAGCUCGGCAAGAUCGACAUCGUCUCGGUCGGCCCGGCCAAGGAGGAGAAGAAGCCGGCACCGGCUGCGGAGAAGAAGGGCGAGGAGAAGAAGGAUGACAAGAAAGAGGAGAAGAAAGACGACAAGAAGGCCGACAAGAAGUGAAAGCAACCCAUUGCAGAAGGAGGUAGAAGGAGAAACACAACACCACCACGCAAACGGCAGCAACAACAAAAAGUCUUUGACAUCUGAGGCUCUGAUGGAGUGCUAGAUAGCUAAUUAUAAUCUCCUCUGCGAAAUGAGAUCACUUUGUACUGUACCGGUAUAUAUAGUGCACUAGAGACAUCAUGUCAAAUCAAAUAUGACCCUGGGUUUGCCUGAUUGGUGAUGACAUGGAACCUACUCGAUCAGCCAACUUCAGGCAAUUUUUCAGAAUUCA